GUAGCCCACGGCGGCCGGCGAUGGGGAUGAUCACCAUGCACGUUGGCUACCACGUCGAGACCGUGCCUUACACCAACCGCGCCCACCUCGUCCCCCGCUCCGGCCGGGCCGCACGCGAGCGCCAUGCCGCCGACUCCUACUUCGCCGCUUUCAAGAAGCAGUACGCAUCCUGGAUACUCGAGGAGAACGACGACCACAGCGUCCGCGUCAACCGCAUCGUCAUGGAGCUUGUCGGCGGCGUCCACCGUAGCCUGCUCAACAAGGCUCUCCACUGGGUGGACGAUCUCAAUUGGGAGGCGGUUGUUCUCAGACACGACAGCGUCAACGCUUAUGUGCUGUGCACCGGCAAAAUCGUAGUUUUCACCGGGCUGCUCCGCCGUCUCCACACCGACGCCGAGAUCGCCGCUGUUCUUGGGCACGAGUUCGGACACGUUCUUGCAAAGCACACGUCAGAGAUGAUCGCAAACUUGAUCGACAACAAGUGGUUUCCGGCCCUCCUCACCGCCCCAUUCCUACGAAGGCAGGAGAUAGAAGCAGAUUAUAUCGGAAUGAUGCUACUCGCCGCUGCUGGUUACGAUCCACGUGAAGCCCCUCGAGCCCUUGAGAAGGUCGGAAAGAUGGAAAGAAAAUCUAUAUUGGAGAAACUGCUGUCUUCCCUCUCACAUCCGUCCUGCAAGAAAAGGUCACGGCUGCUAUCACAACCUAGGGUUAUGAGGAAGGCAAUGACAUUAUACACACAAGUGAAAGGAAAGAACGAUUGUUGAACCUGCUUCAUGCAUGUCUUUGACUUGCCGAUGACUCCCAGGAGUGGCAUCGUCGCCUAUGCCCUAGCUAACUUUACUAGAAAAGAUGUGAGUAGUGAUGCUUCGAUCGAGUCAGUACUGACUUGUUUGUUGUGCGCUGAGCCUGGUCUAUCACAGUUCUAGCAAUUCUGUGUGCCCAAAUUAAUAUAAACACCAUUCUUUAAAAAAAAAGCUUAGUGUUGGCAAGAUUAUGAUGA